GCCGAAUUCUAUACAUAGCAAACUUACUAAGCAGUCAUUAUGUCGGUUUACUCGUUUUCUGAAGGUAGUUCCGUUGCCAAAGCUCUUGGACAAUAUGUAAAAAAUAAGUACGAUGCUGCUAUGGCAAAGCAUGGAAAGUUUACUUUGGCUUUGAGCGGUGGUAGCUUACCCAAAGUCCUUGCUGAAGGAUUAUCCCAACAGAAAAACAAUAUUGACUUCUCAAAAUGGGAGGUUUUCUUUGCUGAUGAGCGUAUUGUCCCGUUGGAUGAUGAAAAUUCCAACUAUGCUCUUUGCAAACAAGUUUUGUUUGAUGCCCUACCUGGAUUCGUACCUGAACAGGUUCAUACCAUCGAUACUGAGCUCUUGAAGCAAGAACCCUUGGAUGCCCAGGCCUUUGCUGAUGAAUACGAAAAGCAAUUGGUGCAUGUCUUUGCUAAUGCCUCCACUGUUAAAGUACCCGUAUUUGAUUUGAUGUUGUUAGGUUGUGGCCCCGAUGGCCAUACUUGCUCUUUAUUUCCUGACCAUGAACUUUUGGAAGAAGAUGUUGCCUGGGUUGCUCCAGUUACUGAUUCUCCCAAACCCCCCAAGGAACGUAUUACUUUGACUCUUCCCGUCGUCACCCAUGCCUUGUCUGUCGCCUUUGUAACCACCGGUUCUAGCAAGCAAGACAUUUUACCUUCCGUCAUUGAAGAUAGUACGUCCAAGUUGCCCUCUGCCUUGAUAGCUCGUGCUCAUCCUGACCGAGUUAGCUGGUUUUUGGAUGACGCAGCUUCGGCUAAACUUGACAAAUCCGUUUUACGUGUUUUCCCUUUUCAAUAAACGCUUACGGAUAAUUUGAUCAAGAUGUAACGGUAUUUUCUCCUCAAUGGAUUUCUUUAGUUGCCUUUGUUAUUUUUACGUUUUAUUUUUGUUAGAAAACCAAGUUUUUCCAUAAAUGGGUAUAAAUAUUAAAUUUUAACGCUUAAGA